GACUCCAGCGGCAGCAUCACGGCUCUGACGGCUUCAUGUCACCGGCCGACGGGAUCCGCAGCAUCCACAUGACGGCAUCAGCAGGCGCCUGUAUUUACUCCUGCUCCGCGUAUCUGCCGCUGCUGCUGCGAUGGAGGUGAACAGGGACGAGGCGGAGCGCUGCAUCGACAUCGCCACUGCGGCGCUGACCGACGAGCAGCCGGAGAAGGCGCAGCGGUUCCUGGAGAAAGCGCAGAGGCUGUUCCCGACCGAGAAGGCCAGGGUGCUGCUGGACCUGAUAGCGAAGAAUGGAUUCACACCCAGAGCAGGCGGCCACUCAGACUUCAGUGGGCGCUCGGGGCCUCGACAGCGGCAGACCACCGGUGAAGAUGCGAGACCCGAACAAAAACCCUCAGACGCCUCCAAACCCUACACGGCGGAGCAGCUGGAAGCCGUGAGGAGGAUAAAACAAUGCAAAGACUUCUACGAAACCCUCGGGGUCCAGAAAGACGCGCCUGAGGACGAACUGAAACGAUCGUACCGAAAACUUGCUUUGAAAUUCCAUCCAGACAAGAACCACGCUCCAGGGGCCACGGAGGCGUUUAAAGCUAUCGGCAACGCGUACGCCGUCCUGAGUAACGCUGGCAAACGGCAGCAGUACGAUCAGUGUGAAGAGGAGAGGCAACAUCCGUCCACACAGGAACCCAGUCAGGGAAACUUCGAGCCAGACAUCUCACCUGAAGACCUCUUCAACAUGUUCUUCGGGGGAGGAUACCCGUCAAGUACUGCUAACGUGUACGCUAACGGGCGGAUGCGUCCCCCAAGGAGAGACCGACGAGAGCGGCCGCGAGAGGGGGGACUCGCUCUCUUCGUGCAGGUCAUGCCCAUCCUCAUCCUGGUUAUUGUGUCGGCGCUCAGUCAGAUCAUGGUCAACACCCCCCCCUACAGCCUCAGCUUCAGGCCGUCAGCAGGUUACACCCAGAAGAGGCUAACCGAGCACCUGAAGGUGCCAUAUUACGUGGGGGAUCAGUUCUCCAAAGAGUUUACGGGGAUGAAUCGGAGGAAUUUAGAGCGUUCGGUGGAGGACGAUUACAUUUCCAACCUUCGCAACAAUUGUUGGAAGGAGAAACAACAAAAGGAAGGCAUGUUAUACAGAGCUCGCUACUUUGGAGACUCGGAUCUGUACCAAAGGGCGCAGAGGGCUCGCACUCCGAGCUGCGUCAAGCUCUCCGAGAUCACGGCGUCACAACACGGAUUCCCUAAUCAAUACUGAGGUUUGCUGGCUGUAAAUAGACGAGCUUUACUAUCUGGAGACUGACAACGACUCAACGAGCAACACAAACAAACCAGCAGCAACCUGCAUCGAACUGAACUCAAAAACAAACUGGAUGAAACUAUGAAUUUUAUUAUGUCAAGUUUAAAACGUAAUAUUAACAUAAUAUGAAAAAGGAAAAGCCACUGCAAACAGCUCGUCCCCCUGACAAGACACCGGUCUGGAAAACCUCCACGUCCCAGUUUUGCCUGGAAGCCGUGACCCAGGCCGAGCUCACUUGUUUUUUUUGUCUCCUUCUAAGAAUGCAGUAUGAACCCGCCCAUCAUUUCCCUUAAAUUGCCAUCAAGCGGCAUAGAUAUAUGUUCUUUCUAAUGUGCCUGAUUUGUUUCACACCAAGAUCCAUGAAUUAUUUCCUGGGAAAACAUCGAACAUGUAAAUUCCUGCAUCUUGAUUUUCUGGAUCUGCAUAAAAAAUUCACUGCAUUGGAUUAAACAUAAGCUCCUCAGCGGAUGUAACCAGAGAGGGGGGGUGCGGUUACAUGCUGUAUGGAUGUUAUAUAUGUAGCAGCUGAUUAGAUACCACAGCGAACGCUUCCUCUGUCAUUUGAAACAGUCAAAUCAGCCCAGGGGAGGAGUCAGGGGCUGGAGUUUUGCUUGUUUGACUUUAAAUGCACAUUGUGAAACUAUGCAGGGAUAAUGUGAAACUUCUAAUGAAUACACACUCAUGUCUAAGGUUUGUCGAGACAUGUGAAAACUGAGAUCUGUCAUCUUUUUCUGCUGUUUGUGUGUCGGUGUGUGUGUGAGAGAGAGAGAUAACAACUAUGAAAUGUCCCUUUACACUUUGCCUCCUUUAAUUAUAUGAAGGAUAGAGUGAUAUAAUGUACUGUAAACGCCAAGAGUGAGAGAGGUGCCUACCCACAGAGAGGGGCUUUCACGGGUUUUAUUGUUGGAGUGUACUGUCCCAUCUGAUGUUCAUCUUUUUGUUCAUAUAAUGCUAUUUAUUAUGUUUUAAUUUUUAGUUAAGAACAGAUUAUUACACAGAACCUUUUUCCACCAUGUUUUUAGUCCCGGAUGAACAAUAAAUGUGGAUGCUUGAAA